AUGAAACCCGGAGCGGUAACAAUUCUUUCCUCGCAUGAGGUAAUAGAAUACGUCAAAGCUGUUGAACGAUGGAGCAGCCAACCUUCAAUAAAUAAUGUGGUGGUGACAGAAGAGCGUGAAAUUCGUGUGUAUUUUAUAGGUUUGGACUCGCCCAAUCGAUCCCGAACAGUAAAACGUCUUCGAUCUAUACAAAUUUCAUCUGACCUACGACUUUGUAGUCCCGUCAAAUGUCUAGAACUACCAUUAUCGGCUCGUAAUUUCUAUGCUAUUGUUGAAGAUACAUGCAAUGGACGUGUAGGUAUAUGGUCGUGUACGGACACUGAGAUCCAAAAGGAAGAAAAUGAAUCGAUGAAUGCAACGAUGCCUGAGGGAAAUAUAAAGAAGUUUGAUUUUCCGAUAUUUAGUGUGGAGAUAUCUCCCACUCGACCGUAUGACUUACUGUUGAUAAAUGGAGACGGUGGUAUUUCAUUAAUCACAAAUGAUCUGACGCGCAUCAGAGAUGAAUACAACCCGCCAAGAUCCCAAACGGUCCGUUGGUGUACGUUGUUCUCUCCCAAAUCAUCCUUUUUAUCGUCAUCGUUCUCUUCCAAAGAUGUAAUUCUCCUUACGCUCAGCAGUAGCAAACUUGGUGAUAAUUCACAUUCAGUUGGUUGGUUGGAUUUUUAUCACAUACGUUGUAAGAAAGGCGCUGUUGACCUAUGGGCGAGUUUACAGGUCGAGGAUGAAGCAAACUUUAUAUCUUGCGGAUUUCACCCUUCCUUGGGCCAAUUGAGUGUUAUAGAUCAAGCAGGUGUAUGGAAAAUCUACAGAAUACACUGCUAUCCGGGUAAGAAUGCCACUCCGUAUAUUGAUAAAGCAUCGGGAGCAAUUGUACUCCCACUAGGAGGAUUUUUACCGUUUUCUCUUGCAAAUCAUCAAACAACCCAAAAAAAGUCGCUACUCGAAAAACAAGCACGAGAUAUGAUAUCGAUAAGGCCCUUGGGAUAUUCGUACUGGGCUUUACUAGGUGCGAGGAAAGUUAACGAUACCGAUGUCGAACAUGUGUUAACCAUAUGGGAUGGAAUAUACUUUACUUUACAGACAGAACAUAUAGUUGGAGUAUCCGAACGCAUAAAACAUGUGCUGGCAAGUGAAACACUAGCCUAUCAGCUAUUAUCCACACCUCUCGAAUCUUCCCAUCUGAUCUUGGCAACACAGAGAUCAACACCCAACUCCGAGCUUAUGAACAUAACCAUACAUAGCUGUCAAUACGUUAGCGAGAAGAUGACUAUGCUACAUGCCGUUGAUCGUAUGAAGUACAUGGUGAAGUACUUUGGCAUAGAUCCCAAUGAUAGAAUUUCUGGCGGACAAGGAUUCACGAGGAGUGGAUUUGAUGCUGUUGGACAUUUGGACUGUACGCCACCAGAUUUCUCUCAGACAAUUCUCCAAAAUUACAAGACGACUCUCACUCAACUUGAAAAUCUUGAAUCUCAUACCCUCAAUAAUAUGUUAUCUUCACUUAAUCCCGAUGAAUUCACAAAAUAUUUUAUGGAGUAUGUUGAUACUAAAACACGCGAAGCAAAACAGACAUUUCAAAUAAGAUAUUCAUUAAGCGAACGCGACAUGAAAAUAUAUGAAGAAGAAAUGAUGGAGAGAGUACAGGUCAAUGGAGUUAAAAAGAGAGGUGUGAAGAGAAGUAAUAGCGAUGCUAAUGGUGGCGUCGGUAAGGGUGACGAGGAAGAAGACGAAACAAUGAGAAACAAUGGAGGGAAGACGGAUGCCAAGGUCUCGAAAAAUAGAUUCAAGGCCGCUAUGACACCGAUGCUUUCACACCGUUUCAUCCUCACAACCUUAUCCAAGUGUUUCACGCGUUCCGCUGAAGGAAAACCGCGAUCAGAUUUCUUUUCUGCCAGCGUAAUAAAGUAUCUGAUCGAGCACAAUCUGUUGUACGAUAAUGCAGUCGAUGGAGGAAUUAUUGAGGCGCUUGUUGCACUGAACAAUUGGCACCUCCUCCGCUUAACCGUCUUAUCCGUACGUGAUAUAUCCGAACGUUCAUUGAUAAGCUUAAUCAAGCAUGCGAUUGCCUCUUCGAAGAAGGAUCACGGCAAAAACCUUCUGCUUCAGAGAUGCCUCUCCCUCGCGUUAUGUAAACCAAGGAACAAAAUGUUGAUGAGAUAUAGCUUGCAAGAAUUGACGGUCAGAGAGAUGGUAGAUGUAUUUAAGACCUUGGUUAAAUGGUUUGGGAUGUCGAUGAAGAAUGAAGAGACCAAAGGGGGAAUUUUGAUUGCAAGUAACGAGCAAAGUAUGGUGGAAAGGGCGCAGAAAAAUAGCUUGCCGAGAUUGGAGCACAUCCUCGAAUUUCUCUCAUUGCUACUCGAUGCCCACUUUACAACCGUAAUUCUUUCGCCUUCUCUUCACCCAUUUCUGACAUCACUUAAUGAAUAUACAUCAUCGGAACUGUCGAAAUGUCAAUUGUUACAAAAGCUACAUGGUCAUCUCUAUGAUUUCCAUCGAAAACACGUGAAGAGACAAAAAAAUAAAGGGGAGAAAAAACUGGCAAGGAAGGCGUUUGUGCAUACUGGCGGGAUCGAGAUACCAAGUUAUAGUAUCGAAGUUUUCAAGUUAUGA